AUGGCAGUUCUAGGACAGAUCCGCGCGCCAUCCCUUUUCAUCAGCCAUGGAGCGGGACCCCUUCCGCUCAUCCACCCGGACUUUGAGGAAUACCGGCAACUAGUUGCCAAGUUAGGAAGCAGGCUUGAUGGCGUUAAAGGCAUCAUCCUCCUCUCAGCACGUUGGGAAUGCAACGAACCUGAAAUCACUGCCCUUGAGGAUCCUGGGCUCUAUUUCGACUACGGGACUGUUGCCGCAGGCCAAAAGCAUGUUGCGCCCGAGGCCUACGAGACCAAUUAUCCUGUCCUCGGAAACGCAGCAUUGGCUGUGGAGAUCAAUCAACGCCUUCUGGGUUGCGGCUUCAAGCCAGUCCUCAAUCAUAAGCGUGGCCUUGACCACGGCGUCUUUGUCCCGCUAAAGAUCAUGCGACCUGAGGCAGACAUACCGGUUGUCCAGGUGUCUGUUCUCACGGGGAAGGACGAGAAGGAGGCCACACGCAAAAACCUGCGUCUAGAGACUAUGGGUACGCGAUCAUGGGGAGCGGCGGGUCGUAUCACGACUUUGACACUACGAUGGCCGUGCUCGAAGGCUCUAGCGAACUUCCUUCCCCCCGGGGCCGAGGAGUUUGAGGACUACCUCAAAUCAGUGGCAGCAAUUCCCGAUGCAAAGGCUCGUGAGAAGGCCCUUCAGAGCUGGCGAGACAUCCCGUCGAGCUAUGUUUCUCACCUGCAAGCCGAGGCGGAACACUUUUGGCCGUUUCUCGUUGCUGCCGGUGGUGGUGGAGACGUUGCUGGGCGGCGAAUCCUCAAGUUUGUCUCUCACGGCGUGCCUGUGAGUUUCUUCGAGUGGUGA